CCAGGGCUGUACGAAGCCGGGGAGGGCCCUGCGCGUAAUGGCAGCGCUGUGGCCUCGCGUCCAUCUUUACCGCUCUCUCGGACCUGUCACAAAGGAGUCGCGCCGCCGCCGCUGCCCCCUCCCUCCGGUGGGCCCGGGAGCUAGAGAAAGUCAGUGCCGCAGCCCGGCCACACUGCUCUGGGAAGUCCCAUUGGGCACGCUGAGCGGGAGGGAGGGAGUCCGAGGGCUAGGGACGACUGUGAAGGAGGGAAACAGCCGCUUGAGCCUCAGGCGGGCAGACCGGACUGGUGCCGGGGCAGGCUUGGAGAAAGGGCCCCGGAGAAGGGUGGCGUUGGGCAAAGCCUGGGAAACAGCUAGGAGGUUCUCCACCGAGGCCCGCGCUUAGGGCGUCUGAAAGAGGUUCCGGGAAGAGGGUGUUUCCCCCUUUCGAGGACGCGGGUCUUCCCCAGAGAAGGUGCUUGGGGGUCGCCCGCCUGAGGAGGCUGCGGCUAACGGGGCCCCGGUGAGGGAUAGUUAUCUCCUGGGGAGGCUCCUAGUGUGGAGGGGUGCUCCUCUCGGGCGGCCGGGGCAGAAAGGGUAGAUGAGGAAACGCUUUGGGAGGGUUCCUUUUGUGGAAUUUGCGGUUUAGGUGGCAAGGGUGGGAGACAAAUCUCCCGUAGUGAGAUUUAGAAACGCCCUGUGGUCGAGAGAUACGGGGGCGAGGGGCUGCUAGAAGGUGGGAGCCAGACCUAGCGGAUUCUCCUACGGAGGCCGGGAGCUGAAAAUUGGAACUGCCAUUGGAUGACCAGGAUUCCCUGUAGUUGAUAAUGUUGGAGAUAAACUCUGCAACUUUCUUGAGCAUUCAGUUGUUAAAAACAAAUAGGAUGCAAGUUCUUCAACCCCAGAUUAUGAAAACAGUACUUGGAAAACUCAAAACUAUCUAAAUGAUUGUCUUUGGUUGGGCCGUGUUCUUAGCAAGCAGAAGCCUUGGCCAGGGUCUGCUGUUGACUCUCGAGGAGCACAUAGCCCACUUCCUGGGGACUAGAGGUGCCACUACUAUCAUGGGUAAUUCGUGUAUCUGCCGAGAUGACAGUGGAGCAGAAGACAGUGUUGACACCCAGCAGCAACAGGCUGAGAACAGUGUACUACCCACUGCUGACACAAGAAGCCAACCCCGGGACCCUGUUCGGCCACCAAGAAGGGGCCGAGGACCACAUGAGCCAAGGAGAAAGAAACAAAAUGUGGAUGGGCUAGUGCUGGACACACUGGCAGUAAUACGAACUCUUGUAGAUAAUGAUCAGGAACCUCCGUAUUCAAUGAUUACAUUACACGAAAUGGCAGAAACAGAUGAAGGAUGGUUGGACGUUGUCCAGUCUUUAAUUAGAGUUAUUCCAUUGGAAGAUCCAUUGGGACCAGCUGUUAUAACCUUGUUACUAGAUGAAUGUCCAUUGCCCACUAAAGAUGCACUCCAGAAAUUGACUGAAAUUCUCAAUUUAAAUGGAGAAGUAGCUUGCCAGGAUGCAGGCCAUCCUGCCAAACACAGGAACACAUCUGCAGUCCUAGGCUGUUUGGCGGAAAAACUAGCAGGUCCUGCAAGCAUAGGUUUACUUAGCCCAGGAAUACUGGAAUAUUUGCUACAGUGUCUGAAGUUACAGUCCCAUCCCACAGUCAUGCUUUUUGCACUUAUCGCGCUGGAAAAGUUUGCACAGACAAGUGAAAAUAAAUUGACUAUAUCUGAAUCCAGUAUUAGUGACCGGCUUGUCACAUUGGAGUCCUGGGCUGAUGAUCCUGAUUAUCUGAAACGUCAAGUUGGUUUCUGUGCCCAAUGGAGCUUAGAUAAUCUCUUUUUAAAAGAAGGUAGACAGCUGACAUAUGAGAAAGUGGACUUGAAUGGCAUUACGGCCAUGCUCAAUAGCAAUGAUGUCAGCGAGUACCUAAAGAUUUCGCCUCACGGCUUGGAGGCUCGCUGUGAUGCCUCCUCUUUUGAAAGCGUGCGUUGUACCUUCUGUGUGGAUGCCGGUGUGUGGUACUAUGAAGUAACAGUGGUCACUUCUGGUGUCAUGCAGAUUGGCUGGGCCACUCGAGACAGCAAAUUUCUCAAUCAUGAAGGCUAUGGCAUUGGGGAUGAUGAAUACUCCUGUGCAUAUGAUGGCUGCCGGCAGCUAAUAUGGUACAACGCCAGAAGUAGACCUCACCAACACCCAUGCUGGAAAGAAGGAGACACAGUAGGGUUUCUGUUAGACUUGAAUGAAAAGCAAAUGAUCUUCUUUUUAAAUGGCAACCGGCUGCCUCCUGAGAAGCAAGUCUUUUCAUCUACUGUAUCUGGAUUUUUUGCUGCAGCUAGUUUCAUGUCAUAUCAGCAAUGUGAAUUCAAUUUUGGAGCAAAACCAUUCAAAUACCCACCGUCUAUGAAAUUUAGCACUUUUAAUGACUAUGCCUUCCUAACAGCUGAAGAAAAAAUUAUUUUACCAAGGCACAGGCGUCUUGCUCUGUUGAAGCAAGUGAGUAUCCGAGAAAACUGCUGCUCCCUUUGUUGCGAUGAGGUGGCAGACACACAACUGAAGCCAUGUGGACACAGUGACCUGUGCAUGGAUUGUGCCUUGCAGCUGGAGACCUGCCCAUUGUGUCGUAAAGAAAUAGUGUCUAUAGUCAGACAGAUUUCUCAUAUUUCAUGACACAUGUGAAGAGACAUCAUGGACUUAUUUCUACUCAAUUCCAGCCAAUGUUGAAAA